CCCGUCCAGCCAAUGAGAAGCGUCGAUCCUGUUGCUAAUUCAAGAUGGCGGCCACCGUGUCCGUUACUGCGCCGGAGAGCGAGUUGAGGGAAAACGGGGAAAACGAGGAAAGUAACCGGGAGGAGGCGGAGGAUGAGCAGUGGGAGGCCGCGGAGCUGGAGACGGCCGACGGGGAGGUCGGUGAGUCGGAGGUGGCUCCGCGGCGGCGGACUCCCGAGGAGACGCUGCCCAGGCUGGAGGCCGCCGAGAAAGAGCAGCGCCUGCAGCGGACCCGCCGCGAGUUCCGGAACCGCCGCAAAAUCAUCAUCCGGAACCUGCCGUCUGAUAUUAUCACCCAGGAGGUCUAUGAACUGCUGAGCGAGUAUGAUCUAAAAUACUGUUUUGUGGACAAAUACAAAGGAACAGCUUUUGUCACUUUAUUGAACAGGGAUCAAGCAAAUGAUGCCAUUGAGAAAUUUCAUCAAUCCACUUUGCGGGAUCGAGAGAUUUCAGUGCAGCUGCAGCCCACUGAUGCUCUCCUCUGCAUUGCAAACCUGCCUCUCUCCUUUACUCAACAGCAGUUUGAGGAACUGGUGCGGCCUUUUGGGAACCUGGAACGAUGUUUUCUCGUAUACAGUGAGAUUUCUGGACACUCAAAAGGAUAUGGUUUUGUGGAAUACAUGAAAAAAGACUCUGCUGCCCGUGCUAAAUCGGAGCUCCUUGGAAAACAGCUGGGCACACGAACCCUGUAUGUUCACUGGACUGAUGUAAAUCAACUGACUCUUGACCUCAUUCAUUCCAAGUGCCUGUGUGUGGAUAAACUGCCACAUGAUUAUAAAGACCUGCCAGCGCUCAGCCAAGCCUUCAGCAACAUCUAUGAGCCAACAUAUUGUCAGCUGGCUCAGGGACCUGAUGGGCAAUUCCGAGGUUUUGCAGUUGUGGAAUAUGAAGCUGCGGAACAAGCUGAGCAAGUGCAGAAGGAGACUGACGGCCUCUGGGUUGAUGGGAACCACAUUCGGGUUUCAUUCUGUGCACCUGGACCCCCUGGGCGGAGUAUGCUUCCUGCACUGAUAGCAGCUCAGGCUAUGGCUAUGAACCGUGGAAAGGGUCUUCUCCCAGAACCGAACCCUGUGCAGAUUCUGAACAGCCUCAGUAAUCCAGCGACAUUGCAGCUUCUCCUAAACCCGUUAAUUCAUGGAGGCACUGGCGCGCAGCAGGGAAUUCUGGGAGCUGCCCCUUCAAUGCCUCUGCUGGGGAAUCCUGGAUUAAGUGCAGCCCUCUUACAGUUGGUUUUACAGGGACAAAACCCAGCACAAACUCAGAAUGCUUUGCUUGGGAAUCCAGUUUUUCUGCAGAACCUGGUUCGGACCCAGCUGAUGCAAAAUAAGGAGAACCAGGCAUUCCUCAAUAAACCUGGGAUUCUGGGUGAAUCUCCUCUUGCAGCUUUGCAGCAAAACCCAGUCGGACUCGGAGCCCCCCCACAGCGGGGAAAGGGACUUCUUGGGGAAUCGCCCACAGGACUGAAUUCCGAGAGAGCACAGGCACAGAUGAAGCUGCCUAUGGUGCCAAUGGGGACGAUGCAAUCACAACAGUAUCUUGGACAAAUGCCAACAGACAUGCCGGGAAUGAUGGAGAAUCCAUCCCAUUCCCGACAGGUUUCCUCACCACCAGUCACUCCGGCUCCUUUGCAAGGAAUCCCCACAUCCAUUCUGGGCUCUGUACUCAGUGACCUGAAGAAACAGAGGAAACAAAACAUGUUGCAAGUCGAGACCGGCUUGGCCACAGCAGGGCCAUCUCUCUUGGGGGAGCCACCAAAAGAUUUCAGGUUGCCUCAGAAUCCAUAUCUCAAUAUGCGAAGUGUGUUCCCAUCUAAUGUAUCAGGCAAUGCUAGCAACUCAAUGUCCUAUGGCCACGGUACUGGUCUCCUGGGAAACUACCCCAGUUCUGGCUCCAGAGGUCACCUGGGAUCCAGCAUCAGUGACUAUCCAGAGUCUGGAAGCAGCCAGCUGGGUUAUGGGAAUUUUGAAAGCUAUGAUGAUUACAGUCACUCUUACAGAGACUAUGAGCAGGAAAGUGAAAUGGAGCGCUACCCAAUAUCACGUAAUCCUGGGCUUAGAGGGUACAGUCGUGACAGAAAUGAGGAAAGAGAGAUGGAGCGAUACUCGAUGUCCCGUGAUCAUGGCUAUGGAGGAAUGGGGGGCUAUGGCCAUGAUCGAAGCGAGGAAAGGGAGCCGGACCAGUACCCACUACUACAUGAUCCUGGACUUGGAGGGUACGGAGCUGACCGAGAUGAGCGAUCAAAUCCAUGUGGAUAUAAUGAUUUGGAACCUGCUGCACCUUCGAUGUACUCCAGUUCUCCCACGUCCUAUUUCACAAGUGGUGUCCGAGCAGGAAUGCGACAGGGCUACUCCACCAAGUUAAAUCCAGUGCUGAGUUCUGGGGCAGGACUCCUGGGGGCUCGGCCUGCUAACUCCCCACCAGGCUGUAUGCUGAAGACACCACUUGCUGGUCACAAGCGAGGUGCGUCUCACCUGAUCCCAUCACCUGAGCCCAGCCCAGAGGGCGGCUACGUUGGCCAGCACUCUCAAGGCCUGGGUGGCCACUAUGCUGACUCUUACCUCAAGAGGAAGAGGAUAUUUUAACUGGGGACCUGGUGUUGCCAUCUAGAAUGACUUGGUUACUUUUUGCUGAAGGGUGUAAAUCUUGUACAGAUGUUUUUAAUCUCUGUGUCAAAACACUUCAGUCUUUGUUUUUAGGAGGAGGGUGAAACUUCUAUCUGGGAAUUUGGAGGAUGCAGAAGGCUGGAACCUGACAAACUGACUGACCCUGUGGCACCUUUGCAUUGUCAGCCACAAAAUUUACUGAAUAUAGGCUUCAACGUACAAACUCCGGUCAUUAUAGAAGAUGAGAACACGAUAAGGUGGAAUUCACCAUAUCUUCUUUCUCCUUCACUGUUAGUCACUGUUAGUAACUGCAGUCUGGGACCAGCAAGUGUCAAUAGUGGACGCUCUAUUGAAGCACACUUGCCUUCAAAACUCAAAAUGAAUAUUGGCCUUCAGUCCACUGCAAAUUUUAAAAUGUGUGAAGUUGGCUGCAAAUAUUCUCCCUGUAAUAAACGGCAUUUAUAAACCGGACUCAGUGGCACUUCCUCAGAGCCACACUCUGAAGAUGAGCCCUUGUUUCUGUUGUUGCAGCAAAGUGUGCACUCAAUCCAUCAACAUUCAAAGCAGGUAUUCUACCUCAAAGGCUGACACCAUGAAGUAUUGUUUCUGUCUAGCCAUUCACUUUGCUUCUGUGUCAUGUGUUCAAAACAUUUCCCUAAGUGUUGGAGCGGAUGCAGUGAGAUAUUUUCGUUUAGUUUAAUUGCACUGCGUCCUAUCCCAUAUCCUCAACGUUUGAGCUUCAUUGUGCAGCCAACUGGUUUGGUUUUCAGUCGUUCUGCAUACCUCUCAAAUCUGUAGGUUUGUUUUUCAAUGUAUUUCCUUAAUCUUUCAUUUCAUUCUGUGAACAAUUUUGAUUUAGAAAAACCCUCUUUUUUUUUUUUUUUAAGAUCUGCAAUUUUUAGUGAAUUAUUUGCAGGAAAUGGGUUAUGUGCUUGUCCCUUUUUUCCUUUUAUUUUAAAACAAAAUUCAAAGUAGUUGGGGUAACUAAUUUUGUUCUUCCUGUUUCAUUUGGCAUGUGUGCGCAUCAGUGUUUGUUUCUACUAAAUGACAACUUUGUUCUGCAAAAUCUUUACACAUUGAAUUCCUGAUGUCUGUUAACCUGUGGAAUCUUUAUGCCAGCCAAGUUUCCACUAAGCUUAGACAGCAAGCCUGAACUAGCAAGUGUGGGACCCAAAUCGUAAAAUGAAUCAACUAUAAAUAUAGGGAACAAUAGCAGACAUUGCAGACACUAGCCUCUGUCGCAAUGCUGUUUGCAUUUAAAGCUACAGGAAGUUUUGCAAGUCUUUUCUGGUUGCCUUGCAGUCCAUCAACACCUGCACUGCUUGUGUUUCCCCAGUAAAUGUACUUGUUUUGCCUCAAUAUUUGAAGUGGGUGGAAGAAUUUCUCAGCUCCUCAGUUCCUGUAGUUGCGACUUGAGCUGAAGGGAAACUGUUUCUCCUGGAGCGUUUAUCCAAUUUGUACAAUUUUAAAGUAAACCCCCAUUUUAGCGCUCAAGAUUAAGUGUGGAGAGAACAGGGAGAAGCUGCGAGAAAAUGAUGAUGAGCAGCAUCUCUGUGGGCUGUCUAUUCUUAUUUCUCUGUUCCCUUCCCAGCCCCCAGAGGCAGGUAAAGAUGAAAAUGCUGGGAAAGUGGGUCGUACUUGGAAGAUGUUGGAGUGUUAUAUUGAAGAGCAAAAAAAAAAGACCCUUCAAAGAAAAACUCAAUAAUCUUCACAUUCUUAAACUACUUCAGUGAAAACCCAACUUUCAGUGUGAGGAAUUCGAGGUCCUGUACUCCGAUAGCCUUGUUCCAGCUGUGCCCAGUCCCACCACAAUCCUCCAUGCUUUAUCUGUACUCUGAUCCUGUAACAGACUGGAUUUUGUGUGAUCAUGUUGGGCAAAAGGUCUCCCAUCUGACCAAACGGAUAGCAACCAAAACACAGCCAUCAUUCCAAGUCAUUGUUUUCUCCCGCUCUGUAGCUUGGGGAAUCCAUGUCAAAUAUAGUCGUGUUGACAUUAGUGACUCUGUGGGAUUGCCUGUUUGUGAGUGGCCAUACGUGGGGGAAAUCCCAACCCAAUCUGAACUGGACCCUAUCCUAUCCCUUGGCCACAUUUCAGACUGAGAAACCAAAUAGUAAUGAACAAUUUAAGCCUUAAUCUCUUCUCUCUUGACAAUGGAUGAACUUAGCCAGGAUGUGCUAAUUCGGAAGACUGGAGAUUGACUGACUCUCCCAGCCUGUGAUUAACCAUCUCGGUUCCUCUUAAAUAAAGAUUGUGGAAGUGACUGGUGUGUGAGCCAGCGUGGGGUUCAAUCGGUUAGCCUCAGUUAGGAAGUGAAGGAGUAAGUUGGAGGUUCCUGCUUUAAAUUACUCUGCAGUGACCCCUGCUGAAGUGUGUGUGUAAGGACAGGGUUCAGCUGCACUUUUUAUAACAGGAACACUGCUAACACUAACCGCCUUAGUUCAAUGAUCAUGGGGUACUUGGGGAAAGGCAUAAAAUUGGAGACAGUUUCUGUAAAUCUAAUGGUUAUUUCCACAGCUCCUGUCCUGUGUCACUGCAAGGAGGAAAUAACACCACAUGUGCAGAUUGCCUGAAAUAGUUGCUGCCUGUCCAUGUGCCAUCACCCACAGUGAGUCCUGUCUUUAGCUGCACCAUCUGAGGAACAGACACAGGCUGUUCCAUCUGUCCACCAUGUGCUGGUGGAGGAGGGCCUUCAUGUUUUUGUGUUACCCACUUGCACCACAGCAACGUUGUUUCGUGUGUUCUAGAGGCCAGUCACACGGACUCAUCUGUUCUCUUGGUGCCUCAAGUGUCCCAGAGAUCUGCUGCUUGUGUGAACUGAAAGGUGGCAGAAAGAGUUCAGUAAAACAGCAUGGUCUUCAUCAUUUGGAUACAGUUCAGCUGCAUUAUUGAGUAGGAACUGAUCGCAGUUUCAUGUUUGGAGAGUCCUGUCUACAUCUCUAUUAAAAUUGGAAAUCGCUCUUAA